GCUGAAAAGCAAACAGAAUAAGAUGAUGUGACAUUCGUAUGCCACGUUGCUUAAACGGAUCCCGUGUUAUUUUCCCUCCGUUAAAACUUUCUUGCACCACCCACCAAGGCGCACAACAACGGCUUUCUAUACAUCGGACUGUAUCUGGGAAAUAGACAUAACGGUGUGGCCUGAGUACAACAAAAAAGGUUCCCUGGAAAACAUAUCCAUGAUCUGCAGAAAAUUAAAUCUAGGAUUUGCCCACUGAACAGUGCAAGUCAUGUACCAAGUGGUACCAGGAGGAGCGGGGGGCACAAUUACAGAUGUUAUCCCCAAGCAGAAACACAGCAAGGACACUCGACCCUUAGUCGGAGCUGGAGUAAUCGGCCUGGUGCUUGUGAUUGCUGCAGUGACUGCGUGGUGUUAUUACAUAGCCUCUCUACGCAAAGCUGAGCUGCUUAAGACUCAGCUUCUGGAUCUGAAUAAAGAUGGCUACAUUAUCCGCAACCAGGGAGGCUCCAUUGUUUUCAGAAUGGAUUUCAGGUCAGGGACCCUGGAUUUGGAUUCCUGCUCUAAAGAAGGAGAGAUUCUGAGCUGUGGACGCACCACUGAUAGAAAACUUAACUUCUUCAUUGAGACAGUGCGACCUAAGGACACGGUACAGUGCUACCGUGUGCGCUGGGAGGAACUGGUUCCUGACAUUCCUGUUGAGCAUGCCAUGACAUACAAGUUUGCACAUUGGUAUGGCGGUGCAGUGUCAGCAAUACAGCAUUGGCCUAUUUCUAUUUCUGGCCAACAAGCUCCCAAACCCUUUGUAACUAGUGACAUCUACUCAAACCGCAAUGAAUUUGGUGGAAUUUUGGAGAGUUAUUGGCUUUCAUCCAAUGCUACAGCCAUCAAGAUCAAUAAUUCUGUGCCCUUCCACCUGGGCUGGAAUGACACAGAGAAGACCAUGUACUUCCAGGCACGAUACAAUGACAGUCCCUUCAAGCCAAACCCAGGGGAGGCUCCAUGCGCUGAACUCAGCUACAGAGUCUGUGUGGGCUUAGAUGUGACAUCCAUACACAAGUACAUGGUCCGCAGAUACUUCAACAAACCAAACAAAGUACCAGCCAAAGUCAUGUUUCGCCACCCUAUUUGGUCGACCUGGGCAUUACAUAAGACUGAUAUUGACCAAGAGAAAGUCUUGGCGUAUGCUGCCAACAUCCGCAAGCAUCACUUCAACUGUAGCCACCUGGAAGUAGAUGACCGCUACACCAGUCGUUAUGGGGAAUUUGAGUUUGACCCAAUAAAGUUCCCCAAUGCCUCGGCCAUGUUCCAAAAGUUGAAAUCAGAUGGAUUUUUGGUGUCACUCUGGAUUCACCCUUUUGUCAACUAUGACUCAGAAAACUUCCAUACUUGUGUAGAGAGGGGCCUGUUUGUCAGGGAGCCUACAGGACGGCUUCCAGCAUUGGUGCGCUGGUGGAAUGGCAUUGGUGGCAUUUUGGAUUUCACAAAUGCAGAGGCGCGUGAUUGGUUUUCCUCCCAGCUACGCUCACUGCGCUCCAGGUAUGGGGUGACAUCUUUUAAAUUUGAUGCAGGGGAGACCAACUAUUUACCAUGGAAAUUUAGCACUAGAACUCCCAUUCGAGACCCAAGUUUUUUCACAAGACGUUACACGGAAAUGGCUAUUCCCUACAAUGAUAGGGCUGAGCUGCGUAGUGGCUACCAGUCCCAGAAUAUAUCCUGCUUCUUCAGACCAAUUGACAGAGACUCUGUGUGGGGCUAUGAGCUGGGUCUCAAAUCUCUUAUUCCCACAGUGCUUACCAUUAGUAUUCUUGGCUAUCAGUUCAUUCUACCAGACAUGAUCGGAGGGAAUGCCUAUCUAAACCGCACAGAUGGAAAUCGUGCAUUACCUGAUCGAGAACUUUAUAUCCGCUGGCUGGAGCUGUCAGCCUUCAUGCCCUCCAUGCAGUUUUCUAUUCCGCCAUGGGAAUACGACAAUGAGGUGGUUGAAAUUGCUCGAAAAUACACAGCUCUCCAUGAGAGUAUUGUCGCACCACGGGUCCUGGAGCUCGCUGGCGAGGUGCUAGACACCGGGGACCCAAUCAUACGGCCCCUGUGGUGGAUUGCCACAGGUGAUGAGACAGCCUAUAAAAUCGACUCCCAGUUCCUGAUUGGGGAUGACCUCAUGGUAGCCCCAGUUUUAGAGCCUGGAAAGCAAGAGCGUGACAUCUACCUCCCUGCUGGCCGCUGGAGAAGCUACAAGGGGGAGAGAUUUGAUAUCAAGGAGCCACUUCAUCUCACAGACUAUCCUGUAGACCUGGAUGAAAUUGCUUACUUUGUUUGGGUGUAGCAAAAAAGGGAUCGUAAACCUGAACAGACUUGCUCCAAUUUGCUUUUGAGAUGAGCUUAAUGAAUUUAGCUUUUAAGCUUGAGACAAUGAAUGAAAAAGUUGUUUUUUCCUGGAACAAAAUAGUCAAUUUAAAUUACAAAUGUGAACACUCAAAAAUUCUGUAAACCUCAUCUUAAUUUUUAAUUGUCAUUUAAUUAAAAUUAAUGAAUGUAACAUCUUGAGCAUUUCUUUGUGGUUUAAUAGAUUGGUUAGUGUCUUUUAGAGUGAGACUAUGUAACUUCUUUGACAUACAUAAGUGACAUGGUCAGUGGGUCAGUGACAAAUGGAAAUAAAUAUGGUAAUAAUCAACAAGCUGACUGGUCAGUUACACAGGAGUAUUUGUCUAAUAUUUGCUAACAUUAUCCAUAAUAAGCCACUGGUCCAAGUAAGACUGCAACAGCAAAACCCCAACAUUUGUUAAAGUGAGUAAGUGUUCGCUUUAAUGCUUACAAAUUCAGCUUUUCAUUUGUACAAGGAAGAAUACAUUAUUUAAUCUUUUAAAAGUUACAUAGUCUAGCUUUAAAGGCUGUAAAAGUCACAUAUAGGAAACAUUUGUCAAAAAGGGAAUAAGCAAACUGUGAAUUGAUUAAGGUAUAAUUGCACAGUAGGCCAUAAAGUUAUUUUCAAAUGUUAAAGGCAACAAAUUGUAUGAUAGAAGGUUAAUAGAAGGGCUGUCAUUGUCAAAAGGCAGAUAGUAGGCCACAAAAAACCUUUUCUGUAAAAAUUCUCAGUUUGACUGAGAUAUCCUUUUGACAUUAAUAACUCUUCCACUUCUCUGCUCUGAGAUAACUCUCAGGAAGUCAGGUUUAAUGCUUCACUUACUGGGAUGAAUGCUUGAAGUUUAAUCAUUACAAACUGCAUGUGCUCUUACUUGUGUAACACAGUGUCAUGUAACUUCUCCAAGCCCAGAAGAAGAUGCCUUAUAUUAGGCUCUAAAUAAUUAAUGCUCUUCCUCAGGUAACAGUUUUCUCAGGCUGUAGUGUGUUUGAAGUGUCUGCUAACUAGUAACACUAUUAGUGUUACUUGCUGCAUUCAGGGUAAACAAAUACUCUGAAUGCAGCUAGUGUUACAGUAAUGUCUAAUACAGUGACUGUCACAUCCAUGAUAAUAAGAAUUUAUUAUAUGAUGUUUUGAUUUUUGGAAUUCUUAAACACAGUAACCUAAAUGAUAGUGGUUUGCUUUCUUUACACCUACUUUGUAUGCAGUGUGCAGUGUGGAAGUCCAUAGACAUGAUGAAUUUAGCAAUAUUUAAUGGUAAAUGGUACAGUGUGUUUUGUCACCUUGUGUUCUGUUAAUGUGACUGUUUUGUAAUGUGUCUUUGGUGCCAUGUGCUAAUAAUUACUGCCAUAUAAUAUACGUGAUUUGUUGUUAUGCUAUACGUUUAUUGUUAUAUUGUGACAUAUUGUACAUUUAUUAUGGAAUAUUAUUUGUGAGUUAACCCUUUAUGGGCAAUAGCAUGGUCGACAUCCUCUACACCACAGAACUAUGUCUCCUAACAUUUUCUUAAAAUUAUUAAAUAACUAGAGGCAGGACCGAUGUUGAUCUUCUGAUUUAUUUUACAGGGAUUUUCUGAAUUUUACUGAAUGCCACACCUAACAUGAAAAUUAUUGUUUAGUUAUGUCCAUUUUUGACUUCCUAUAUCUCCAAUAGCUUUUUUAAUCUGUGGAGUUUUCAACCUUCAAUGAAAAAAUGGUUGUGAAGUAAGGAGAAGGAAAUGUCCACAUUGUUAUGGUGCAGUUCCUAUUUGGCAAUACUUGUUUGCUGCUUUUUGUGUUUUAAUGCUGUCCACCUUUAACCCAUUAUCUAGCCCCAUGUGGACUCUAUGUGCUUUGACUUGUGGCACACACAUGUUGACCUUGGUGGAUUUUGUUUGUGCCUUUUGAUGUAGUUUCAUCAUAACAACACAUCCUAUUUAUAGCAGUUCUCACUCAGCAUCUGGGCCAGGCCAAUCUCUAAGGCUAUUUCUGUCUCUGACUGCCUUGCUUUAUGACAAGACGAAGAGGCUAUAUUUUGGACUGAAUGUUUCUCUGCUUGUGGCUCUUGUGACCCAGUGUGUCCCGUUUUUUAAGGUUAUUGUAACUGAAGGUUGGCAACAUUUGCAUGUGACUAAGGGGCAGCAUUAAUUUCAGCAAGAGUGCAUAUUUGAUGUCUUUUCGUAUGAAUGUAUUAAAAGAACUUGGCUUUUCCCUUGAA